UCAUUUCCAUAUUCCAUUGACCAUUUUACCAAUAACCAAGUGAAUAUCAUUAAAUUCAAAGAGAUGGGAAACAAGGAUUCGAAAGGCUCUUCUUCUACAACCAAUCCGAAAGGGGAGAUUGCUGCUGCAUCUCAGCCUCAACUGCAACCACAGUCACCGCUAUUGAUCCGAAAAUCGCAACCACAGCAACCAUUACCACCACCCUCAUCUGAGAUGCCUCUUCUCUAUCCUUGUUACAAAAAAGAAGACUAUGAGAAAAUGAGCGAAGAGACAAUCGAUCUGCUCUUAGCGACUUACGGAAUCAUGACAGUCCCCGGCGAUUUGGCUAACAAGAGAAACUUUGCUUUUGAAACCUUUCGUUGGGAUCAUAAGAACAAUCACCCCAAAGCUUAACAACUACUUGUAUAGAAUAAUGAAACUAACGUUUUAUGAUUGGACCUAAACACAUUCAUAAUUCUUUCAUCAAUUCACAAGAAAAUAUAAAUCAAAAUGCUACUAGUUGUACAAUAUCGAAUAUUAUAAUCACUUUAGCAUCUCUUGAACAAGUUUCAGGGGAAACAAAAAGAGAGUAGGAAAUUGACACUUGUCUCAGUAACAGGAUUCAAAAUUACAAAGGAGGCAGAGCACAAUGUUAGUUAGAUAACCAGAAGCAAUGGUUGCAGAUAAAACAAAUCCUAACAAAGAACAUUCCUUGCUUUUUUGUAAUA